CCCCGCCUUGGGUGUUCCGGUCUUUACCGUUUCAUCGCCCCUCUAUCUUUCUACAAGGCGCCUAUUUAAUAUGCAUGAUUAAUCGUGUUGGCACUACGUCGUACGGAACGCUAAAUUUAUGCAAAAUUCAUCAAGCCAAAGAAUUGGUCCAGAAAGCGAAACAAAUUUGCGUGUAGAAUUUGAAAAUGGUGAGAUGGUUUCGUGAAGCAAUAGAAAAUCGUCGCAAACCUAAGUUCCUCAAAUACAACGAGUUUCAAAUUUCACGAUCAGAAUUUUCCCCGAUUCACCCUGAUCUUCGAACUUUCUGUAACCGUUUCCAUUCCCGCAAAAGUUUAUUUCGUAUCAUUGAUGUCAUUGACGCAUCGCGUCUCGCCCCCCACCCACUAUUAAUAAUUUUUUUCAAAUUGCACGCACCCCUCUUCAAACUUUUGUCCAGGUCGACAGAACGACAUCUUUUGUUCACCGAGUACCAAUAAAAAUUUUUCCUUGGUCGUUUUUACCGAAAUAAACUACGGGUAUCUACUAAUAUCCCUCCUAGGAAGAUAUAAGUAGUCACGAAGUGGUCAGUUCUGUCCACUGUGUUUUUCUUCGAAGAUCUCAACAAAAGAACCGCAGUUGUUUCCAUCCACAAAGAUCGAUCUUGUACUACAACUACUGUGAAAAUAAAAAUGACGUCGGACCUGGAGCAGUCUGAGCCGAAGGUGCUGGCCGAGGAAAGUGGGCUUGACGAAGUCAACAAAUCUUCCAACGAGGAGGGGAAGAACGAAGAGUCCACCGUGAUGAAGCUCGACAAGGAGCAGAAGGAGGGCGAGCACAAGACCGAGGAUGGCGAGGAGGCCGCGGAGAAGAAGGAUUCCAAGAAGGUGGUGGAGGAAAAAACCCUCGAAGAUUUGAUCAAGGACGGGAAGAAGAACCAGAAGAAGCCCGAGAAGAAGGAAAAAGCGGAGCCUAAGGAGAAGAAGGAAGACGCUCCUGCUGCGGAUUCCGGCAAGAAGACCGAGGACAAGCUGGCCAUGAGUUUGGACGACGUGAUGAAGGCGGACAAGAACGCGAAAAAGUCCAACAAGUCCAAGGGGAAGAACAAGAAGGGGGACAAGAAGGGGGGUGGUGAGAACGACGUGAAGAAGAAGUUCGACAAAAAGGGCGGCAGUAAUUCCGGGCGGAACUACGACCGCGGCACGAACUACGGGCGCCGGGACUCGGGGAAGAACGACUGGUACGAGAGCGACUACUACGGGAAGGACUGGUACGGCGGCUACGGCAAGGGCGGCGGGCCCCGGGACUACUACGACGACCGGCGCGGUGGGGGCAAGGAUCGCUACUACGACGACUACGGGUACGGCCCCAGCAACCCACGGUACGGCCAGCCGCCCCCGCAGAACCCCCGCUACCAACCGUACGACGCCGGCCAGAGCCGAGGUGGGGGCCAGCCGGACUAUACCCGGGGGUACUACAAGGACGAAGAACAGGAAAAGCCGUCCCGGUACAGAUUUUUUUUGGGCUUCUUUGAUUUGAUCGGCAUGAUAGAACCUACGAGUCGUAACGCAUUGAUUACUAGUAUUUUGGAUAACUCGUGAACUGGAACUGUAUUAUUUUGCAUAUACAAAAUGGAGGUUCAUAGUCAUACUUGUUUGCCAGGUUGCCUAAGAAGCGACAAAAAAUAAUACUAAACAGCCGCGGGAACAACCGGUCUUCCCGGGACCGUGGAGGUAACCGAGCGCACUGCAUGAUCCGGGUCACCAACGUGCCGGCGCAGAUCUCGGGAAGCGACCUGCGGGACGCGUUCCAGCAAUGUGGACGGAUCGAGAGCUGCGACACCGUGCGGGGAAAGACCGGCGAAUUCGUCCUGACAUACACGACCCAGAAAGACGCUUCCUCGGCGAUCCAAAAGUACGAUGGCGGUACCUUGAACCAGCAGAAGAUCAAGGUGCAAAUGUGCUAG